AUGGGUCUCUCCGUUCAUCUGUCUCUUUGUCUUCUCCUUCUCCUUGCGAUCUCCGACCAAGCCUAUGGCUUCGGCGCAGGGAACAUCGCGUCCUUGUCUCGUAUUGAAGGCCAGAACUGGCGCCAUGGAGAUAUCGAGGAUACCCUUCUGUCGCUUUUCCUGGCUCGCGUAGCCGGUGGUCGUAAGUUCGGGAAACUCGAUGUCAAGCGUGUAUACUUUGGAAAUUGGCUUCGUGACUACAGUCAAGCUGUUGACGUGGGCACUGUGAAGUAUGUCAGUGCGGAGGCUAUUCGCAUUCUGAUAUGGGUCUUAGGAUACGGAACCCAUGAGUUUGAGGUUACCACCGAGCGCCUUGGUUGUUACCAGCCUACCGAGCAUAUUGACAACCCUAAGGGCUAUGCCGAGGGUGAAGAUGCACGCUCCUAUGACCGUCGUCUCCGUGGACCCGUGGAUGAAGAGCGGGAGCUGUCGAUCGAUCCACGGACUGGUCUGAAAGCCUACAUCGCUUCCGAAGACAUGGACAUUGAUACCUCCGCCGCUUUGAUCCGUCGAGUCCUCGGCCAGUCCAUCCAACGCGGUCGUCGCUAUGCACAGUCUGGAAAUAAUGAUGAUCUGUACGAGGCCCUUCGCUUGUUGGGCACCGGUCUGCACUGUCUCGAGGAUUACGCUGCUCAUUCGAACUAUACCGAGCUCGCUCUCAUUGAGAUGGGCGAAACUGACGUGUUCCCUCACGUUGGACGCAACGCCAUGCUGGAAUUAUCGGGAGCUCAGGAUUACGUUUAUCCUAUUGUAACUGGCACGUUUGGUGGUGUUGACUUUUUCCACUCGGUGCUCGGUGAGCUUUCCGACAAGACCAAGCAGUCCGAGCUACAGUCCUUGGAAGGUGUCAUCCAAGAGUCGGAGAGUGAUAGCCCUUCUGGAAGUCUUCUUCAAGAUCUUCUUCAUAAGAUCCCUAGUGGCCUGCUCGGGGACAGUGACCAAGCUGGGCAGAUGGAUGAUUUCAAGGCCAAGGCCAAUGAUGCACGCCAGAACAACCAGGAAAUAUCUCCUCACGAGCCGGAAGAGUGGACUCGCUACUUGGACAAUGUCCAGAAGCAGAUCUAUCCCAUCCUAGAGUGGCACGACCAGCUCUUGAAGGCGAUUAAUGAAGCCAUCGAGAAAAUUCCGGUACUGCCCGAGCUGAUCGAGCAGGUUCAAGACCAGAUCACUGUCUUUGUCUUCUCCAUCCUUGCUCCAUAUGUACUCCCCAUCAUUAAACAGGUCAAGGCUGAACUGGAAACCGGUUCUUCGGAGGUGAUUCAGAGCAGUCGGGAACAGCAGCAUAUCGUCUUCAAUGACGACUCUUCGUCGGACCCCACCCACUCCAUGCUUUCCAAGGAUCACUUCUCUAAUGUCCUUAAUGAGCCUGCUGGACGAAUCGCCUCUCAGUGUGUCAAAUGGGCUGUACCACAAUUGAUGGAGUUGUGGGAUAACGAAGAGAUCGACAUCAACCGCACUUUGAACCGAAUCAUCACUGGUAUCUUCCAUCACCCUGCUCAGAGAGAGCAUGGAGAAGAUGGUGCGACCGACAUUCGGCACACCAUGUUUUCUACAGUGGAGCAGUGGUGGAGUGAGAAGAGUGAUGAAGAGUGUGAGUCUCUUCGCGAGCAAUUGAGCCGCGACGGCGUUCUCGAGGGUAGAAAUCACAAAGAGGGUGUAGAGGAUUGCGGACACGGUUGUGGCAAGCCAAUCGCUUUGCCCAAGGGCCACAAUGCCAGUGGGGUAAACUACCAGCCUGAUGACUCCGGUCUCCAAAAGAUCGCUUCCGAGGCCCUGGGAGACGGUGCCUUGGGUGGUCUUGUUGGUGGCCUCAUCAGUGGCGUAGGCUCUAUGGUCCUCAAUAAUGGUGGUUCCGAUGAAGACGGGACCAGUGAGCACCGACAUCGUCCCAAUCAGAAACACAAGGAGUACCACGAGACUGAAUUUUACGGUGGUGUCGCCCCUCCUCAACAGGGCGGUUACCAGUAUCAAAGUGAAACAGCAUACUACAGUGACCAACCUGCGCCUCGAGACGAUUAUCCUGGCGGUGUCUUCCCUCGCACCGAGUAUGCUCCCAACCUUUCCAUGCAGGGUUCCCAUCGCGAGGAGUAUCAGCAAUACCGACAGGAGGAGAACGGAGGCUACUAUCGACAAGAGAGACGAGAGACUUAUGAAUCUGGUCAGACUGAGUAUCAGCGAACCGAGACUCGUUACGAGUAUGGGUCUCCCCAGCCGGCCUUUGAGACUGUGCAGCAGGGUUCCUACGGCCGUGAAGGAUUUGAGCAAGGAUACCAAGCAAGUUACGGCGGCCCACCCCGCGAGGCCUUUGGCGAGUUUGAGCAGCCGAGAUACCGGCCCCCGGGAGAAAUCUUUCAGGAGCAGAGUUAUGCUCAGCGAUUUGAGGGUGGCGGUGGUGAGGAGUAUGGAGAACGCCCCCAGCAUCAUCCCCAUCACCAGCGACGCUCCAGCAAUGGUUCAGGCUCCAGAAGUGAUGACGAGCGUGAGCGACACCGUCACCGUCAUCAUCGGCACCACCAUCGGUCAGGAUCAGAGGAUUCGGACUAA